AUGGGUGCGAUCCAGGAACUGGCUGGUCCUCUGGUCCAGAAGUAUGCGCAGCUGGGCACUGGCUCGCAGAUUGUUGUUGGCUUUGCUGCCGUGCUCGUCGUGGCCGUCGUCCUCAACGUGCUGAACCAGACGCUCUUCAAGAACGCCAACGAGCCGCCCGUCGUCUUCCACUGGUUUCCUGGCAUCGGCAGCACGAUCACGUACGGCUUGGACCCGCCGCGCUUCUUCCUGGAGAACCGCAAGAAGUACGGUGACGUUUUCACGUUUGUGCUGCUCGGCCGCAAAACCACCGUCUGUCUGGGCACUGCCGGCAACGACUUUGUGCUGAACGGCAAGAUCCGCGAUGUCAACGCCGAGGAGAUCUACAGUGUCCUGACCACACCCGUCUUCGGCAAGGAUGUCGUGUACGACUGCCCCAACUCCAAGCUGAUGGAACAAAAGAAGUUUAUGAAGGUCGCCCUCACCACCGAGGCCUUCCGCCAAUACGUCCACAUCAUCUCCGACGAGGUGACCAGCUACUUCAAGCGCACGGCAGAAUUCAAGGGCGAUUCCGGCGAGGUGAACAUGCCGCCCAAGAUGGCCGAGAUCACCAUUUUCACUGCCUCUCACGCUCUGCAGGGCAAGGCCAUCCGUGAGCAGCUUGAUGAGUCCCUGGCCGCUCUGUAUCACGACCUCGACUUGGGCUUCAACCCCAUCAACUUUACCUUCCACUGGGCCCCGCUCCCCUGGAACAACCGUCGCGACCGCGCACAGCGCAUCGUUGCCAAGCUCUACAUGGACACCAUCAAGCGUCGCCGCGCCAACCCCGAGAACGACGCCCAGGACUUGAUGUACCACCUGAUGAACGCGACCUACAAGAACGGCGUCAAGGUUCCUGACCACGAGAUUGCCCACAUGAUGAUCGCUCUCCUCAUGGCUGGCCAGCACUCGUCCUCGUCGACCUCCGCCUGGAUCAUGCUGCUGCUCGCCUCGCGCCCCGACAUUAUGGAGGACCUGUACCAGGAGCAGAUCAACGUUCUCGGCGCCGACCUGCCACCCCUGCAGUACGAAGAUCUUGCCAAGUUGCCGCUGCACGGUGCCGUCGUCAAGGAGACCCUGCGCCUGCAUGCCCCCAUUCACUCCAUCAUGCGCAAGGUCAAGCAGCCCUUGCACGUCCCCGGCACCAAGUACGUCGUCCCCACCAGCCACAUCCUCAUGUCCGCGCCCGGCGUGUCCGCCAGCGAUCCCGCCUACUUCCCUAACCCCGACCUGUGGGACCCCCACCGGUGGGACGCCGACUCACCCAACGCCCCGGCCAUGUUGCGCGCGGAGGAGGACGAGGAGAAGAUCGACUACGGCUACGGCCUCGUCAGCAAGGGCACCGGGUCGCCCUACCUGCCCUUUGGCGCUGGCCGUCACCGGUGCAUUGGCGAGCAGUUUGCCAACGUGCAACUGCAGACCAUUAUCGUCGAGGUUGUGCGCUUGUUCAAGUUCCGCAAUGUGGAUGGCAGCAACAAGGUCAUUGGCACCGACUUCGCCUCGCUGUUUUCGCGGCCCUUGGAGCCUGCCAUGAUCCACUGGGAGCGCCGCGAGAAGGCAUAA